ACAUGCACCUUCUACAGCCAGCAGUUCAGAAUCAGAACCAGAAUCAGAAGGGAGAAAAAGGACGCGACAUGGGUGCCGAUAUCGACGAUUAUGCUGCUGUGUGUGGCUUUGGUUGUGCGGGCCAGAACCGCGUGCCCCGGCCCACAUCGUGGCAGGCAAUCCAGCCCAGUCAGUCAGUGUGUGUCCCGGUCCCAUUCAGGAUAAGUUUAUUUUCGUAAGGCGCUGCAGCCAGCAGUGCAUUCUCGUUCGGCUCAGUUUGCGAUCGACGUCGGGGCGGGCAGGACGAUGAUUUAUGCGAUCCCGGUGCGGUUCGAAUUCGGUGGGUUCGGUGUGGUCAACCAUUCGGGAUAACAAUUAUGCGUUUUGAAAGGUUCAUGGGAUCAAAAGACAAGGUGGACGAAGCAAGUCGAGCGAAUCGCAGUAUAUAUCGGAUUACUUACGGGAUGUCCAUUGAUAGUUUCGAAUAGCCGAAUGAAUGUCAUCUGAGUUUCAGUGCAAAUUGUGAGAGUGAAAGUGAAUUUGGGCGACUGAUCGGGACCGGUCAGCUGACCCAUCGGUGGCAAGGAUAAAGCCUUAAGGAAUAAAUUAUGAAUAAUUUCGGCUUGGCCUUGGUGUUAAACUCGGUGAGAGGCAGAGCCUGACGUGUGUGUAAUAUAGUGCUUCGGGAUUUUAUUGUACUGUGAAGCUUUCAGCUGAAGAAAUUUCGAUGAUUAUUAUCGCUGGGUGGUCCAAAAAGUGCAGGCAUGGGUCCGAAAUUACACGUUGCAUAUCUUAAUCAGCGACCAUAAUUCAUUUAGUCACGGUUCUGGAGGUGUGGAAUUAUUAUAAUCGAGUAAUAAAUGGUAUUCGUUCGAUAAUUGAAGUGCAUGCUGUAACUUUUACGAGCUGGGAGGCUGGUGCGCUGAACAAGACAUAAGCAUUUUAUUUUGGGAAGCAGGAAGAAAACCGGAGUUACAUAGAGGACCUUUGCUGGCACAGCGGUUGGCCAUUGGCCGUCGGCGGAGCCUUAGUGCUCCAUCUCGGCGCACUUGAUGAGUCGCUGGUGCGCGUCCAGGAUUGCUAUCUUUGCAUUCGUCCCGAACCGGAAACCCACCAACCCUGUCUCUAUGCAGUUUGGCGUGGCGGAGGAACUCCCUCGAGUGAUCAGUACCGUGAGUCAACCACAGACCCACCCGCACCAAUCCAACCCUCCCCCGUUGUCUACCGUCAAUUGGAUCCGAUCGUCGAUCCAAUUACGCCCCUAGCUGUGGAGAUGCUAGCUGAAGACUUGCCCGCUUUGCUGCAGAAUCUACUGGUGGGCAUCGAACGAGCCAUCUGUCGAGUUCCACUGGAAGAAUUGUCCUUCCCAACGCAGGAAUGCGCCUCGUCUGCCACCACAACUAGUGAGGAAGCAAAUGAUCGUCAGAACAACAACGGUUGUAUACCCUCAGAACCAUCCGACCGGCAGGACAAAUACAUCCUCGCACCUGGUACUCCAAAGAUCGGACUAAAGCGCCGCGAGCUGAUCACCAAGAACAAGCUGGUCAACAACAAGUACGCCCUCAAAAGGAUAGCGUCAACCACAACUCCACCAAACCCAAGCCACCAGAAUGGCAACAAUCAUAACAACACCAACGGCAAUAGCUUUAUAAAUCGUCAUGAGUCGGUCACAGGAAAAAGUGAAAUUACUUCACGGAUCAACGGUAAUCAGUGUAAUGACGGCCUAGCGACGCCAACUGCCGGUACUGGAACCGAAAAGGAAGACGACGGCAGUGCUAAGCUGUGCGACACGGGUGGCACCACCAGUACGGCAGUACCAGCAGGAAUUGUGGGCGGUGGAAGAAGCGAUAAUCACCAAUCAAGCACCUCCGCAGUCACCCCAACCGGUGCAGCGGACAUCAACUCGAUGCCAUUAUUCUGCCUCGGCGGAUCGUUUCCCCAUAUCGACAGCGAUGAGGAGAGCGGCGACGACAUGAAGCGAUGCGAGACAGCACCGACCCAUCCCCAUGACAUAGUGGCCCCGAGGUCGAUUCAAGAUCUACCGGAGAAGCACUUAACGUCAGGAAUUUCGAUACCAGGAACAAACGACCGAUCAGGUUCCCCGCUGAUCUACAUCGAAGCAGAGAAGGUGCUCGCAUCGGGACUCAACUGUUACGAAAUCGCAACCGUUCUGCUGUAUUACAACACGCUACCUAUCCAAAGCCCCUCCCAGUACUGUAUUCAUCUUUUGCUGACCGAGAGCUCUCAGUUGGCGUUUCUUGAAACGCUGGACAGCGCACUUCAACUUCUAAGCGGCCAUUUAACUUUCGGAUCGAUCUACGUGUCCGGAUCGUACGAUCCAGCGGAUAACAAACACCCACCGAAGGAACUCAUCCGAAAUCUGAAUGUGCACAUCAAAUAUCUUAACAAUGAAACCAUCAAGAACUUCAUCGGUACCGACAAUCUGCCGAUUCGGUGUUCUGGGUUCUACGUACACGAUCAGUGCGAGUGGAUCGACUUUUUCCGCACCCUUGAACCCCUGCAGAUUCAAUGCGUAGAGACGGGUCGCCGGCUUGUCACCGUGCUGAACGACAUCCGAAAUCUGGAGAUCCAAGGCACGGUGCCGACACGUAGACAGCUGCACUCACAACAUCGCGCCCUAAGCCGCGCACUGAUGGAUUCGGAAUUACAAACCCUCCGUCGCAAAGGACCAAAUACCAUACAACGACUUCAAGACAAACUCACCGUUAUCAACAACAAACAAACGCUUAAUCAAACCAAAAAUUUAGUUAGGAACUGUAGUCUAGAUAGUAGUAAUCGCCUCGUAAGCAGUAGUCUAAACGGCAACUUCACACUCCACCACAAACCACAGUGGAAUUUCGGCAGCUACGGCAAUGGUGCUUCUGCUGCUGGCGAGAAGGAUCUGAUCAACGCUCGCCUCGGAGAGGUGAUCACCAUCUUCCAGGAGGUCGAUCGAGCGGCCCGGAAGCUCGAGCAACUUACCGAACAGAGGAGAGAAAGACUAAGGGAGAUGACCCGGCAGCGUGCUCUGGACGAUGAGAUCAAUGAGGUGAUAUCAUGGAUCCGGAAUGAUGGUACCAAAGCUCUACAGAAUUUCAAUGAACUGUCCUGCCUGGAACAUGCCGAGCGCGUCAAAGCGACUGGACAAGAUUUUGAAAAAUUCUACUUCAUCUCAAUGAAACACAUCAGCAAAGGUCGCGAUCUGUACGAAGCAUCCGUCGAGUUGGAAAUUCUGAAGGAUACGCUGAAGGUAUUGAAGGACUUUGUCGAUCAGCAUAAGCAACGCCUGGAAAAUACGAGGGAACGCAUCGAGGGAGCCGUUCGGCUGCACGAAUUGCUGGAAUCUCAACGUUCUAAGCCACAGGACGACUCUCUCCAUACCGAAACACUCGAAUUAGCCGAGAAGAUUGAAGUACCCGCUUUGACUGAACAAUGCAAAAAAGUAACACAACCAGCCGCCAGUAACAACAGUAACAGAGAUACCAACAGCAACACUACCAGUACCAGUGAUAACAUCAGUUUAGAUAUAAGCCUAUCCGACGACACCAUCACGGCGACCAGUACGCCGGAGAAGGGAAAGUUCGGUCAACCGCUACCACCACCGAACUUGAUCGAACCGAAUGGAAAUCGCUGCCAUCACAACCACAGCCAACGUCACCACGAUGAAGACGAAGAGGAACAAUCCAAAAUGGCCGACUCUGGUCUGGGAGGCUGCGAUCGUUGCGAGGGCAAUGAGAAACUCGAACGAACCUGCUCCUGCCAGAGUCUCAACGAUCCGAAGAAUGGAUGUAACAAUGGUGAUGACUUGGAUGAGGACUGCUUUGAAUCGAAUUCAAAGCCUUCCCUAGAUCUACAGAUACCGCUGCAGGCAAACGCUCAUCUCUAUUGUCACGCGUCGAACUUGCAGCUGGAUUACGAAGAGAACAACAUAUUUGACCAGAAGACGCAGAAAACGCUUCUAUUGAUCAUGCGAGAGAUGAUUGGAACAGAACGCGACUACGUGCGAUCGCUGCAGUACGUAAUCGAAAACUACACGCAAGAACUUCUACGCGAUGACAUCCCACAAGCCCUGCGCGGUCAACGGAACGUCAUCUUCGGUAACAUCGAGCGGAUAUGCGAAUUUCAUCAGCAGCAUUUCCUCAGCGAGUUAGAAAGUUGUGAGCACCAUCCGAUCAAGGUUGGAAGCGCUUUCCUGCGGCACGAGUCCAAGUUUUACCUAUAUGCGUUGUACAACAAGAACAAACCAAAGAGUGAUUCUCUGAUGAGUGAGAAUGGUACUCAGUUUUUCAAGGCGAAGCAGAUGGAACUGAACGAUAAGAUGGAUCUGGCGUCGUAUUUGCUGAAACCGGUGCAGCGGAUGGGAAAGUACGCUCUGUUGUUGCAGCAGCUGAUGAAGGCUUGUGCCGUAGCACAUGAAACAACAAAUCCGGAGAUUCUGGAAGACCUAGAGGAACUGCAGAAGGCGGAAGAGAUGGUACGAUUCCAGCUGAGACACGGUAACGAUUUGCUGGCGAUGGACUCACUACGGGAUUGCGAUGUAAAUGUAAAAGAGCAAGGUCGAUUGCUGCGACAGAAUGAGUUCCUUGUUUGGGAAGGCAAAGCCGGCAAGAAAUCGCUUCGACAGGUGUUCCUAUUUGAGGAAUUGGUUCUGUUUAGCAAAGCCCGACGGUUUCCCGAUCGAAAGAAUCUCGACAUCUACAUCUACAAGAACAGCAUCAAGACUUCCGACAUCGGUUUAACAGCUCACGUUGGAGAUUCGCCGUACAAAUUUGAAAUUUGGUUCCGUAAACGUAAACCUGGCGACACGUGGACAUUGCAAACGAUGAGCGAGGACAUCAAAAACGCUUGGACGGAUGAGAUUUCCAAACUUUUGUGGAAGCAAGCCAAACGGAACAGAGAAAUUCGUCUUGCCGAGAUGUCUUCGAUGGGCAUCGGUAGUAAACCGUGUUUGGAUAUUCGUCCCAGCCAGGAUCAAAUCAAUGAUCGAUCAAUCAGUAUUUCAAUGUUUGGAAAAACACCGAAACUUCGCAAUUCCUUUAUUGGUACACUACCGGAAUCGAAAAGUUCGAAGCGUCCGCAAUCGAUAAUUUCGGUUAGUAGUUCAUCGUCCGGAAGCUCAGUGGUUAGCACUGGCACCGGUUCGACGGCCAGUGGCUGCGAAACGAAUCCCAGCAAAAGCAACGGAAGCGCAGUCGGAAGCAGCUCGGCAGUAUCAUCCGGAUGCAGCACCAGCAGUACUAGCAGCAGUAGCACCACCGCAAGUAUCACAACCUGUAAACGCCUCACACUCAGCAUAACAGACCCAAACGCUCCAGCGCCUCUGAAGACCAACUUUAAGAAACAUCAACGGUCGACCACGCUAGUGAGCCAAUGUUCAAUGGAAAGUGGCAUCAUAGCCGACAUUUCUUUAAGUCCGGACGAGGCUCUGGAAAACCCGCUUUGGCCCCAGAUGAAGAAUCACGCGCUGCUGAGGAAAUCUCACAGCGUUGCAUCCACCAGUCAGGAGCAUAACAAAAUUCCAGGAAAUGACACAUCAAAACCAAAAGAACUACCUUGCAGUGCUAAUAGCAGCAGUAGCAGCAACAGCAGCAGUGCUUCAUCCAACGCUUCCGGUUCCACCAGUAAUCACACCAGCUCCAGCAACUCAGACAUGAUCACCGUCCAUCUUUGAAAGUAGUGGACACUACUCUGCUCUAACCUCUUACUUCUAUGCCGUGUGUGGUCUUUUUGUACAAAACAUACAACAUCUAACUUUUUACUACUCGUGUAAGCUUCUCCUCUUCUCCACCCUGGCAAGUGGAAGAUGUUUUAAUCUCUAAUCGCUAGUAAGAAUAAUUAAUAUAUGCUUUUAUGCACAUGGUGUUUUAUCAAUUAAUCUGAUACGAAUGUGUGUAUUGAGUGUACCUUAGUAAAAUCGGAACAACAAUAGUACAGAUGCUCCCAUUAGAGAUAAUCGGCGAAACCAACAAACUAAAUCAACAUACAAUUGAAUAAUCAGUUCUUUGAUUAGAAAAGAGAUAAAUUAGCAAGCCUGGCUUAAGAGCAAUCUUAUAAUAAUAUUAUUUAUGAGACAAAACGGCAUCAUUUUAUUGAAUAAAGCCACUGCGAUGACAGCUUCGAACAGAAACGCAAACUACCUACAAACCUAAUCGUUAAAACUAUAUAGAAAAAUAAAUACGUGCAGAUGUGUUAACAUAUAAUUAAAAUAAAAGUUUGAAAAGACAAACAUGUCAUAAUAUUGAAAGAGCAUACCUACAUUAGUCUAUCGAGAAGCCAUUAUUAUUUCAGUAAAAAAAAAUCCUUGAAUACUUCUGAAGGAAGAAUUCAUAUGAUGAACCGUAGUUACUCGAACAAAAAAAAAACAAGCUUUAUUUUAAGAACUAGAUUCACUUUGAUUCUGGUUCUUUCGAAGUCAACUGCGUGCGAGUAUUCCUUGUAUUAUUUACAUUAAAUUUGCUUAUUUAAGAGAUAAUUUAUGAGAAAUACUUAUUCAAUAUAUUCGUAGCCAUAAGAUUUUCAAAUUUACGAGAAUAUGAGUUACGAAUCUCUAAUUUGGAACACCGAAAAGAUUUUUUUUUUGUUUUGUCAUUUCAUAGUCAUGUUUCGGUUGUUUUGUUUUUUUUUUUCUUGUAUUUGUGUAUCAUACUUUCGAAAAAAAUAUUUUAUAUGUAUAUUUAAAUUGUACUGUAGAUUAAUCGAUAUAAAGCUAUUAAAACAUUUUAUUUACUACUAAA